AUGGAUACUUGGGCUAGACUCCAAAUCUUGUUAAUCCUAUCAUUCUGUUACUUAUUCCAUUGUUCUUUAGCUGCCAACCAUCCAAGAAACCAGCUCCCAUCUGCAGUGGUGGUCGGAACUGUUUACUGUGACGUCUGUUUUCAAAAGGAGUUCUCAAAGCCAAUCCACUUCAUACCAGGUGCUUCAGUGGCAGUUGAAUGCGAGGAUGCGGCCACCAAGCUCUCCUUCCAAAAGGAGGUGAAGACUAACAGGCGCGGAGUGUUUACAGCACGUCUGCCGCUUGAAAUCAGCAGGGAGAUAAAACUGAUCGAGUCUUGCUCAGUGAAGCUUAUCAGAAGCAACGUGCCAUCCUGCUCCGUAUCUUCCUCUGCCACUUCUGCCAGUCUCCGUCUCAAGUCUGUAAGGAACGGUGUCCAUAUCUUCUCAGCUGGGUUCUUCACCUUCCGGCCUUUGAGGCAACUGGAGCUCUGCAAUCAGAAGACAAACGUUGGAAAUCAGAAGCUUGAUCACUCUGAAUUCUCCUUUAAACCUUUUCAGGUGCGACCUACCACAUUUCUUCCAUUACCACCUGGUGGUGGACUUCCGCUGCCACCCAACCCAGUGUUUCCCUUGCCACCUUUUGGUGGUGGACUGCCGUUCCCACCCAACCCAUUUGUUCCAUUGCCACCUGGUGGGGGACUUCCGUUCCCACCCAACCCAUUUGUUCCAUUGCCACCUGGUGGUGGACUUCCGUUCCCACCCGGACUUCCGUUCCCACCCAACCCAUUUGUUCCAUUGCCACCUGGUGGUGGACUUCCGUUCCCACCCAACCCAUUUGUUCCAUUGCCACCUGGUGGUGGACUUCCGCUGCCACCCAACCCAUUUCAGCCACCACUUGCGCCGCAGCCACCGCCAUCCCUUCCGCCGCCACCAGCUGCGCCACAGCCAUCACCUGCGCCUAACUUACCUCCAGUUCCGAGUCCACCAGCUAUGCCUCUAAAGGAUGCCUCUCCAUGA